GUCCAAACACCAAAGCUGGAGUGAUGUUUUUACGGUAAACAGCUCUGCUUCAUAGAAAAUCCAUCAACGAUAAAGACAUCCGAGCUGUAAUUCACACAGAACCAGAUGUGAACGGGACGCAGCAACAAGUUGAGAUAAGACAUGGAGACGAGUCCAGCGAUUAAUAGCUCAGCGAGCGACUGGGAGCUUCUCACAGUCCUGCAGACGCCAGCAGCAGCUCUCAGAGCUCCGCAGGUCCAUCUUUAGCUCCAUGUUAGAGGUCGGGGCGGUGACCUCUCACUGGGACCAGUUCAUCAGGAGGGGAGGAGGCACUGGGGGCUGUGGAGCGCAGCAUAAAGGGCCUGAGGAGCCGCUGGCGGCACUCACCCGCUCCACGGCCAUGACGCUGCUGACGGCGUGCUGGACCGCGCUGCUGGCGCUGGCGCUGACCGGCACCACGGGCCGGGCCGUGAGGAGGAUCGCCCUGAAGAAGCUGCCGUCCAUCAGGGAGACGCUGCAGCAGAUGGGGGUUCCUGCCGAGCAGGUUCUGGCUGCGCUGGCUCUCCAGAACCCGGGCGACGCCGGCAACGGGACCGUGCCCACGCCGCUCACCAACUACUUGGACACACAGUACUUUGGGGAAAUCAGCAUCGGCUUCCCGGCCCAGAUCUUCAACGUGGUGUUCGACACGGGUUCCGCCAACCUGUGGGUUCCGUCACAGCGGUGCUCCCCGUUCUCCACGGCCUGCUUUACUCACAGCAGAUACGACUCCUCGAAAUCGCAGAGCUACGUGGAGAACGGGACCGGGUUCUCCAUCCAGUACGCAUCCGGGAGCGUGAGGGGGUUCCUCAGCGAGGAUGUGGUUAUGGUCGGGGGGAUCCCGGUGGUGCAGGUGUUCGCUGAGGCCACCUCGCUGUCCGCCAUGCCCUUCAUCUUCGCCAAGUUCGACGGCGUGCUGGGGAUGGGCUACCCCGACACGGCCGUGGACGGCAUCACACCAGUGUUCGACCGCAUUAUGUCUCAGCAGGUCCUGGAGGAGGAGGUGUUCUCCGUCUACUACAGCAGGGACCCGCAGCGGUCCCCGGGAGGAGAGCUGGUCCUCGGCGGCACGGACCCCAACUACUACACUGGAAGCUUUAACUACGUCCACACCAGAGAGCUGGGCAAGUGGGAAGUGACCGUGAAGGGCGUCGCCGUCGGGAGGAAGACGCUGUUCUGCUCCGAGGGCUGCGCCGCAGUGAUCGACACAGGCUCCUCCUACAUCACAGGCCCCGCCUCCUCCGUGACCCUGCUGAUGAAAACCAUCGGAGCACAGCUGGAUGAAAGCGGAUACAAAGUCAACUGUGACUCCGUGAAGGCGUUGCCCAGCCUGACGUUCCACAUGGGAGGCCAGGAGUACUCACUGACCCAGGAGGACUACGUCCUAUGGCCUCAGAUCCAAGGGGACGUGUGCGUCGUCACCUUCAGGGCCCUGGACGUGCCGCCGCCCACGGGGCCCGUCUGGAUCCUGGGCGCCACCUUCAUCGCCCGCUACUACACCGAGUUUGACCGGCGCAACAACCGCAUAGGCUUCGCUACAGCAGCCUGAGGCCUGCUCCCAGUUCAGCACCACAGCUCCCAGCUUCAUUAGAGUCGCCACCAGGAAACACAUCUGCAGCAGAGGCCGGCUUCACUUCCAGCUACACACCAUGAAGAGCACGUUUGUGAGUCUGCUGUUACCAACCUGUAUCUGUGUGGCGCUGACGUAACAGGAAUAAACUUGUUUACUCGG